AUGGAAGCUCUAGCAGCGCGCUCCUCCGUGCUCUCGCCGCCGGGGAUCGCCGGAGACGCGUCGCCGUCCCUGUCCCUGCCGCUCCGCCGUGCCUCCGUCGCGUUCCCUGGUCCCCGCAGGAGUCCCUCCUCCCUCGCCAUCUCUACGCUCUGGCUGCGCGCUCCGCCCCGGCGCGGCGGCCGCCUGCUCGCCGGGGCAGGGGAAGACGGGUCCCUGGACCCCGCCGACGACGCGGCUGGCCAGGCGGGAGAUUUUCCAUUACUCGAGAAUAAUGUAACUCUACGUGGAAGCAAUGACAUGGAUACCACUAAACAUGAUGAUGCUGGCACUUCUGGACGUGGUGGGAGUAACACUGGUGGCUCUAGGACUGGUCUGUUCAGAACACCUAUUUCAGGUGGUGUGCACAGUGCAACCGCUGUUCAUGAUUUACCACCACCAGCUUUGGCCGUUCGCAACCUCAUGGAACAGGCAAGGUUUGCUCAUCUGUGCACUGUCAUGUCUCGGAUGCAUCAUCACCGUGAAGGAUACCCAUUUGGUUCUCUAGUAGAUUUUGCACCUGACCCUUUUGGUCACCCAAUCUUCUCAUUAUCCCCGCUAGCCAUCCACACAAGAAAUUUGUUGGCAGACCCAAGAUGCACCCUUGUUGUACAGGUACCUGGAUGGAGUGGACUAUCAAAUGCACGAGUAACUAUCUUUGGUGAUGUCACUCCGUUGCCCGCUGAACAACAGGAAUGGGGUCAUCAGCAGUAUGUUUCAAAGCACCAGCAGUGGGCAUCCCAACAGUGGGGUAACUUUUACUACUACAGAAUGCACACAAUAAGUGACAUAUAUUUCAUUGGAGGUUUUGGUACUGUUGCUUGGAUAGAUGUGAACGAAUAUGAGGCUCUGCAACCUGACAAAAUUGCAAUGGAUGGAGGGGAACACAAUCUGAAGGAACUCAACUCAAUGUUCUCAAAGCCUCUGAAAGAACUUUUAUCAACUGAUGAAGGAGAGGUAGACGAUGUAGCUGUUAUUUCAAUGGAUAGCAAAGGUAUCGAUAUCCGUGUUCGACAUGGUGCACAGUUCAACAUCCAGAGGAUAGCUUUUGAGGUGGAUCACAGUGUCGAAACACUGGAUGAAGCCACGGAAGCGCUUAGGAGGAUCAUCAGCAAGUCUAGGUGGCACACAAGAGCUCAAUUAUGA